ACCACCAUUUCUCUCAAUUCUCAAAAACAAAGUUUUUCUUCAAGAAUUCGUUUCUGGGUUGUUUUUAUUUUGUGUCAAAAUGGCUGGAAUUAUGGUGAUUUUCGACUUUGACAAAACCAUCAUCGACUGUGACAGUGAUAACUGGGUUGUGGACGAGUUGGGUGCUACCGACUUGUUCAAUACGCUCCUUCCUACCAUGCCCUGGAAUUCUGUCAUGGAUAGAAUGAUGAAGGAGCUUCAUUUACAAGGGAAGACCAUUGAGGACGUCACUGAGGUUCUGAAACGGACUCCUAUACAUCCCAGGAUUGUCUCUGCAAUCAAAUCAGCUCAUGCUUUAGGGUGUGAACUGAGGAUUGUGAGUGAUGCUAAUCUGUUCUUCAUUGAGACAAUAUUGGAGCAUCUUGGAUUAAGGGAUUAUUUCUCAGAGAUCAACACUAACCCUGGUUUUGUUGAUGAAGAAGGAAGGCUAAGGAUCUGCCCUUACCAUGACUUCACCAAAUCCUCCCACGGCUGUAGCCUCUGCCCCCCAAAUAUGUGCAAGGGGAAGAUCAUUGAGAGAAUUCAAGCUUCCUUAGAAGGGAAAAAGAAAAUCAUCUAUCUUGGGGACGGUAGUGGUGACUACUGUCCUAGCCUUAAGCUGUCUGAAGCAGACUAUAUGAUGCCAAGGAAGAACUUCCCUGUUUGGGAUUUAAUCUGCAGGAAUCCCAUGCUUAUCAAGGCUGAAAUCCAUGAAUGGUGUGAUGGGGAAGACCUCAAUCGCAUUUUGCUUGCAUUAAUUGACGAGAUUUCUGUUGAAGAAAGCAAUGCUCAAUUGCUAUCUGCUGAGCAGUGCAAGUUGCAGUCAAUCUCUGUUGCUCCUGCCCAUGAACCCUUACCCCAGGCUCUCUCAGUUCGCCAGUAGAACUACUAGGAGAUGCCAGUACUAAGAGAUGUGGGAUGAUUACUUAACACAUAUAGGAUUGUCACUGAAGAUUUCACCUUUUUAGUUUUCUUUUUAUUAAUAAAAACCUUGUUAUACUUGAAUAAUUGUAAAUAAUUUUUUUCAAGAAACUAUGACAAAAAAA